GACAGCCCUCAUGGGGCCACUACUUUGAUCUGCGUUCAAAGAGUCCAACCACUCAACAUGCUGUGCAACAUCAGUGCACCUGUGCUGAUCCAGGUGCUCCCUCCGCUGCUGGUAACGGAGUUUAUUUUGGGCCUCACUGGAAACGGUUUGGCUCUGUUCAUCUUCUGCUUCCACUUGAGGCCGUGGAAAAGCAGCACGGUGCUCCUCUUCAACCUGGCAGUGACUGACUUCAUGCUCAUCCUGGCUAUUCCUCUUCGUGCCAGCUAUUACCUCUCUGAGCUCAAGUGGAUGUUUGGGAGCGGCCUCUGCAACAUCUGCCUCUUCAUGCUGGCCUUGAACCGCAGUGGGAGCACCUUGUUCUUGAUGGCCAUAGCUGUGGACAGGUAUAUGCGCGUGGUGCAUCCCCACCAUUCCAUCAACUCCCUAAGCGUGGGCAAAGCCAUGCUGGGAGCACUUGGGAUGUGGCUGGCCCCCGUUUUGCUGAACGUUCAUGUCUUCUCACUGGAGCACAUCAAUACGACCCGCUGCGAGAGCUUCGCGGUUGAUACCAACUUCCAAGGCAAUCUGUCCUGGCACAAGUUCACAUUCCUGGUUUCCUUUUGUGUACCUCUGCUAGUGAUUCUUUACUGCACCUUCCACAUCACCAGCCACCUCAGGAAGAGACAGCUGUCACAGCAGGCAAAGUUCAGGAAGGCUCUGUAUUUCAUAAUUGUAGUGGUGGUGCUGUUUAUCAUCUGCUUCCUACCGAGCAACAUCACACUGCUGCUGAUCUGGAUCAAGGAGGGAUUCCAUGACUGUGCCGCUACAGAACACCUGACCACAGUCUUCUACAUCACCAUUAGUAUGACUUAUCUCAACAGCGUGCUGGAUCCUGUGGUUUACUACUUCUCCAGCCCGGCCAUUAAAAACAUCUGCAGGAGGGCUCUGCAUCGGUCUCGAGACGAGAUGAGCGAGAGCACGGGGAGGAAAACGAGAGAAACAGCGUCCCAGUCCAUCAGCCAGCUGUGAGCAUGCGGAAACAGGAUGUUUCACUGCUAACACCAGAUAACGAAAUAGAUCUUUUCAUUAUUCUUGUAAGUGGAUCAGCCAGAAUGAUGCUUUAACUUCUUGCGAAGCAAUUUGACACGUUUCCUUAAAAACCUGGUUAAACUCAGCUUGCAGUGUUAUUUGACAUUUCAUUUUGCAGUUUAUUUACUGUAAAUUCAAGUCCAUUGCUUAAAUUAUGUAUUUGUUUAUACUGCCUUAUGUAACGUGAUGAAGGAGAUAUUCCUCCAAGGUUAUUUAACCUCUCUCCACAGAUACCUCUGACACAGUACUAGAGUGCAUGAGACUGCCUCAAGGUCAUGUAUUUGCUUCUAAAUCUGUUUACUUUCCAGCAAGAGAAGAAUGAAGAUAAAGGACUCUUUUCUUUUAAUAAAUCAAAGAACUCUAUUUUUAAUAAAGCUAAUCAAAACAACUGUUAGUCAAUAAUAUAAUGUUGACCGAUCUGUGAAAUAACAAUGUUAUGAUUAAUAUGCUUUAAUAAGUAAAUGACUUUAAUCUAGUCACUAGACACGCUGAUACAUGUAAUGUAAAUGCAGGACACAUUGCUGUUACUGAUCCAAUCAGAACCUUCCUUUCUGAAGCGUGGCAUAGUCUCUGUGGUGUUUAUAAAUCUGCCAACUUUGAUUCGACCAGAAUUCAAAACAUCCAGAUUAAUAAAACCAGUUCCAACACCAUCUUAGUUCAGUUCUCAAGAUCUCACUGGAGUUCACCGCAUGCUAAGCGGAGUAUCGGACCGGCCAUCUGGACUUCCAUUUUAAGCUGAGAACCACCAAGCUGGAUAAAAUCUGUAGCAUUUUACCAACCAAGCAACGGUUCCUUUCAGAAUAAAAGCUGAACUCGCUGACCCAAGGAGGGUCUCUUUUGACCCUGUGAACCAUCUGUCGCUUUUUACCUGGAGACGAUCCAAAGACUAGUUUGCCGUAUUGCUGACGCUGUUCCAUCGGCUCCAGUACAAAAGGAGGGUCAGAGGACCUGACGAUCUGGAUCUGUACGGAAGUCUCAUUCUGAAGGGUGUGUGUGGAGCGACUAAAAUGGCGUCUCAUGUGUUUAUGAAACUCCGAUCAAACUCUGAUCAUAGCUAGAAGAAAAACAUCAUCCAUCAUUCAGACUUGCUUCUCCAGACACGAGAGUUCUGAUAAUAACACCACUCACACACACCAUUCAUCUCACAUCUCAUUCACCAGAUCCAUCCAUCAUUAGAGUAGUUAGUCUUGUUUAAAAUUGUUUAAAUUGUUUAGAAAUAAAUCAUCUUAAACAUUUUAAAGGUCUCUCUCUUCUCUUGUCUCUCAGUUAAUACAA